CACGAAAAAUCAUCCACCAUCUCACUCUACACUAGAAGCAGCGCGCUCGAGAAUUCAGCCGACGACGAUCCCAUCUCAAAAGUCACGUACCACAGGAAACGCUUAACGCUCGCUCCUUACUCCGUCUUGGCGUCUUCGUUUUCCGUUAAUGCAGAAAAAAGCCCUAUUCAUAGCUCCACCACUUCAGGAAUAAUUGAAUGAUUGCAUGAUGGCUCCAGUUUGAGGAGAAUUUGGGGCUGGGGUUCGAUGUGGAGAGACGCUGUUCAAAAACCCUAGGGUUAGUGAGGAUGGAAGGGGAAGAAAAAAACAAGGUUGGUUUGAAGAAAAGGGUAAAGCGGAUUGAAAUUGGGAUUGAUUCGGAUGAUGAUGAACCUAUUGGGUCAUUUUUGAAGCUGAAAAGUAAAAGAAACCCCAAAAAGAAUAAGGUGGUUUCAGAUGGCGAAGACAAAGGGAAAGGAGUUGAUAAAUUGUCGGUUGAAGAUCAGGAUUUGGUUGGCAUGGACGACACAUUAGCAAGCUUUAGGAAGAAGCUGAGAGCUCCUAAGAAGGAAGGUGGGCCUGCUCUGGUGGUUGGAGGGGGGUUAGCUAGUACUGUGGCAGAACCAUCAGUUCAAUCUUUUACCAGACCGGGUCUUGGAGAUUUGGUUUCAAAGGUUAUAGAAAAAGUCAAAGUAGACGAUGAUGGAUAUACAGUUGACAAAGGCUUAGGACUGGGGGCUAGAAGGAAAGAUAGAAGACCCAAAGUUGCAGCAGUGUCAAAGGAUGUCAGUGCUGACUCUGUGUCUAACAAUAUUUCAGAUUGCCAGCCUUCUGGUGAGGGUUCAUGUGAGAAUGAGAAGGAUGGGGAUUUAGGGCUAGGAGACGGUCCUAGUAACUGCUUAGAGGAAGGCUUAGAAGAUCGGUUAUCUGCCUUUUUCCGCAAGGCGCAAUCUGGUUUCAUUAGGAAAUCGUGCAAUUCUUUGAGAUUGAAAUCUGGAAAUGAAACUCAAAUUUCCCGUAAUGGUGUCUCAGAAGAUAUUAUGCCUGAGUCAACUAGCAAGUCUCGAUCUGCUUCGAAGUUGGCCAAUGAAAUAGCUGAGUCUAAACAGUAUUCACAUCUAGCAUCUGGUAGAGGUAAGAUAGGUUUAACAGUGGGUGCUGAUAAGGAUGAUGAAAUUUUGCAGCAAAAAUUUUCCAGUAGAUCCAGUGACGAUGUAGAUGACACAUCAUCUGAAAGAAUUUCAUAUAAUUUAGUUCCCAUGUCUAAAAUCCAAGGAUCUCAAUCUAGUUUAAGGGGGUGUUCUGAUACCUUCAUGCAAGUCCAAGGUGCUGGAUUGACUUCUCAUACACAGAUUUCAUGUAGCUCUGAGCACUGUUCAGGGGAAAGAACUAGUGCUUUAUUGCACGCAAUGGAAGUUCCAGUUGCUGUUUCUGUGUCGGAAGGAUUGGAGAACCAUCAUACUGAUGAGGGUCCUUUGGCGCGAGUGCACAAUAAUGGGCAAAAUUUACGGUCAGAUUUUACUUCAAGUAAUGAUGCAUCAAACUUGGAGCUGAGAACCUGCAAUAGUGUUGGUAAACAGUUUCUGCAGGUUUGUUUAGAUGACGACACACUAAACAGGUCAUGUGAGGAUAAAUUCCCAAGCUCCAAUAGAAAGGUCUGUGGAGAGACUUUGGAACUAUCAAUAUCUCAAAUGGGAGAUGAAACAACAUUUGCGGGGAAGAUGGAUACGGCUGAUGAUUCAAAUUCUGGUCCGCCUGGGCAAUAUUCUGCUCAAGCUCAUGUAUUUUCUACAGCUGAUUCACCCAAUAAGAUUUCAAAUCAUGACAUGGAAAUUUGCACUGCCGAGCCAGAUACUGCUUCAGUUUCUUCAGAAAAGGAAGAUGUCAUGGAGGGUAGUUUAUCUCCAGCAUCAGCUUGUGGAAUCACCCAGUAUGAAUUUGCUCCUCGAGUGAAGCAACAGGACGGACCCCUAAGGCACGUGGGUGAAGCCGAUCAGCUUUCUCAAUGUCAAACUCCCAAUGACUCUUUAAUCUUGAUUGAUAAAUGCAGUUCUGGCUUUUACCAAAAUAAACCUUUUGAUGGAGUGUCAAAAGACGCAUCCUUUCCAAGUCUGGACUAUUUUUCUGCUGAGGAAGAGGUUAAGGGAGCCUCUUCACCAUCAGACAUGCCAGAUUCUAAUGACAGUUAUGCAGAAGAUGCAGGAUUGUUUCCUGAUCCCGAUAAUAAAACCAACAGCACAGAAGUUGGUGGGCGCCGCAAGCCUAGGAAGCGUAGGCUUGGAGAUAUGGCGUAUGAGGGUGAUGCUGACUGGGAGAUCCUAAUCCAUGGGCAAGAUUUUCUCAUUGACCGUCAGGUUGGAGAUGAUUUCCAGUCUUCCACAGCAAGGGAAAAAUUGAGUCCUUCUCUGUCUAACACUUCAGAAACUGAAAAUGGAGGAGCAGCAGCCAUAUCAGCUGGCCUAAGAGCUCAUGCAGUUGGUCCAGUUGAAAAACUUAAGUUUAAGGAGGUACUGAAGCGCAAAGGAGGGCUGCAGGAAUAUCUAGACUGCAGGAAUAACAUUCUAAGUCUUUGGAACAAAGAUGUCAGUCGCAUUUUGCCACUCUCAGAAUGUGGAGUGUCUGAUACAGCUUUGGUGGAUGAAUCACCACGUGCUUCGCUAGUUAGAGAUAUCUAUGCAUUUCUUGACCAAUGGGGUUAUAUAAAUUUUGGUGUUGCUUUGGAAAAGGCCGAAAAUGGUUCUGCACAUAGCUUGAAACUUUUAAAGGAGGAAAAAUUUGUGGAGAGAUCCGGGGCUCCUGUUGCUGAUGCAAAUGAUGGAGUUUGCUUUAUCCUUGGGAGGAUUAGAGAUCCAGAGAGUUCCAAAAUGGAGAAGAAUGACACUGCAUUGGGUGAUGAGAAACAGGUAAUGGCUAAAUCCCAGUUAGAUGAGGGACACAUUAAUCUUCAGGCUGCGGAAAUUUCUGCCCAGACUGAUCAUGAGGGGUUUCCUGCUGUCAAUUAUGAGGAAAAUGGUGUUUUUGAUGCAAAAAUACCUGGUGAAACAGUCAGUUCAGAUUAUUUGGGUUCAAAUCCUUCUAGUGAAGAUGAGAAGAGUAGAAUACUUCCUGUGGAAAAUCCUGAUUCAUUUCCUACAAGUGAAGCACAGGUUGGCAGAUUGUUGUCUUGUGGUCUUUCACAACUUGAAAAAGAUUCUAAUCGUCAACCUAGCUCGUGUGAUGACCAGAGUCAUUUUGGGAUAUGUGAUUUAGAUACCAGAAAAAGAAUUAUUGUUGUAGGAGCUGGGCCUGCAGGUUUAAUGGCUGCAAGGCACUUGAAGCGUCAAGGUUUUCAUGUCACCGUGCUUGAGGCUAGGAGUAGAAUUGGGGGUCGAGUUUAUACCGAUCGCUCAUCUUUAUCAGUUCCAGUGGAUCUUGGUGCUAGCAUUAUUACUGGUGUUGAGGCUGAUGUAGCUACUGAAAGAAGAGCUGACCCUUCUUCAUUGGUUUGUGCUCAAUUGGGCCUUGAGUUGACUGUCUUGAAUAGUGAUUGUCCUCUUUAUGAUACAGCAACUGGUCAAAAAGUUCCGGCCAAUCUCGAUGAAGCAUUGGAAGCAGAAUACAACAGCCUCCUAGAUGACAUGAUAUUGUUGAUAGCUCAGAGGGGGGAGAAUGCAAUGCGGAUGUCUCUUGAGGAGGGUCUAGAAUAUGCCCUCAAAAGACGUUGUAUGGCUCGUUUUGGAAGGGGAAAGAGUCUCAUGAAUACUGAACUGCCUAAAUCUUUGGAUGCUGUUAUGGCCUUUGAAAAAUUUUCUACCGAUGAUGAAGUUCCACAGGGUGAUAGUGGUGAAACAGAGAUCUUGGCUCCUCUUGAGAGAAGGGUUAUGGAUUGGCAUUUUGCCAAUCUGGAAUAUGGUUGUGCUGCAUUGCUUAAAGAAGUCUCUCUUCCUCACUGGAACCAAGAUGACGAUUAUGGAGGAUUUGGUGGAGCUCAUUGUAUGAUUAAAGGGGGUUAUGGCACUGUCGUUGAUUCAUUGGGGGAAGGACUUAGCGUCAACUUAAAUCAUGUUGUAACAGAUAUUAUUUAUGGGCAGACAGAUGGCAUGAGCAAUGAUGACAAGUCUAAGAAGGUCAAAGUUUUUACAGCAAAUGGCAGUGAGUUUUCUGGUGAUGCAAUCCUGAUAACAGUGCCUCUGGGAUGCUUGAAAGCUGAAACCAUCAAGUUUUCUCCACCAUUACCGCAGUGGAAGUAUUUGUCAAUCCAGCGGCUUGGUUUUGGUGUUCUUAAUAAAGUUGUCAUGGAAUUCUCCGAGGUUUUUUGGGAUGAUUCGAUUGAUUACUUUGGUGCCACUGCUGAAGAAACAAGUCAAAGAGGAUGGUGCUUUAUGUUCUGGAAUGUCAAGAAAACUGUUGGGGCCCCUGUUCUUAUAGCCUUAGUUGUUGGCAAAGCUGCUAUGGAUGGCCAAAAGAUGAGCUCUUCUGAUCAUGUAAACCAUGCUUUAUUUGUUCUACGUAAGCUUUUUGGAGAGACGGCUGUACCUGAUCCAGUUGCUUCAGUAGUGACUGACUGGGGGCGGGACCCUUACAGUUAUGGGGCUUACUCCUAUGUUGCUGUGGGGUCAUCUGGAGAGGACUAUGAUAUGUUAGGUAGGCCUGUUGAGAAUUGUUUAUUUUUUGCUGGUGAAGCUACUUGUAAGGAGCAUCCGGACACAGUUGGCGGGGCAAUGAUGAGUGGACUUCGUGAGGCUGUCCGCAUCAUUGACAUAUUGAACACUGGAACUGAUUAUACAGCUGAAGCAGAGGCCAUGGAGGCCGCAAAGAGACAUUCAGACAUUGAGAGGAGUGAAAUUAGGGACAUCAUGAACAGACUUGAGGCUUAUUCUUUGGAUCAGACUCAAAUAUUGACCAAGAAGAGUUUGCUACAGGAUUUAUUUUACAGUGCAAAAACUACUGCAGGAAGAUUGCAUGUGGCAAAGCAGUUGCUGAAGCUUCCCGUUCAAGUCUUGAAAUCCUUUGCUGGAAACAAAGAUGGCCUAAGCAUGCUUAACUCAUGGAUGCUGGACUCCAUGGGGAAGGAUGGCACUCAGCUAUUGCGUCAUUGUGUCCGUCUACUUGUACUUGUUUCGACUGAUUUGCUUGCAGUUCGACUUUCAGGAAUUGGGAAGACUGUAAAAGAAAAAGUAUGUGUACACACCAGCCGUGAUAUUCGUGCUAUAGCAAGCCAGCUUGUUCGUGUGUGGAUUGAAAUAUUCCGCAAAAAGAAGGCCUCAAAAUUGAGGCUGCCAAGUGGUGUUGAUUCUUUUAAGAAUAGAUCAUCUCAAGCUCUGGGGAAACCACCUUUGCGGACAAAUCACAUUGCUCCAGAGAACAGAGGAAGUCCAAAAGUUUCGUCUUCUAGGAAUCAUUUAGCCUCAAGUUCUAAUGUUAUAAGACCAACAGUUGAAGCUAAACCAUCAAGUUCUGAAGGUUCAGUGGAAAGGCAAAAUGCAACAGGAGAGGAAACUAAGGAAAAAGAGGAAAAAGCUGCAUUUGCUGCAAAAGAAGCAUCCCUUGCUGCGGCUCUUGCUGCUGCCAAGGCAUAUGCUUCUUCUGGUGCCAAGAGUGGCUUGUCUUUGCAUCUUCCCAAGAUACCUUCUUUUCACAAAUUUGCUAGACGGGAACAGUACUCACGUAUGGAUGACGCUGAUAUCAGAAGGAAUUGGUCUGCUGGUGCAUUUGGGAAACAAGACUGUCUAUCAGAAAUAGAUUCCAGGAACUGCAGAGUCAGGGACUGGUCUGUCGAUUUCUCUGCUACUGGUGUCAACCUUGAUCCCUCAAGAAUGUCUGUUGAUAAUCAUUCACAGCAUAGCCAGUCAAAUGAGAUUGGCUGCCAGUUGAACUUUAGAGAGCACUCAGGGGAAAGUGUGGCUGUUGACAACAGCCUAUUCACCAAAGCUUGGGUUGAUAGUGCUGGUAGUGUUGGAACAAAAGAUUACAAUGACAUUGAGAGAUGGCAAUGUCAGGCAGCUGCUGCUAAUUCUGAUUUCUACCAUCAGACAAUGCACUUAACUGAUGAGGAGGAUUCAACAUUAAAGUUACCUGCUAAGAAGCCAGAUGGCCCAGCAAAUGAGAGCUCAGUUUCACAAGUUACCGUUAAUAAGGAAUUGGUGAAAAAUCAACUUAGAGGAGCUGAGCGUAUCAAACAGGCUGUUGUGGAAUAUGUCGCUUCAUUACUCAUGCCUCUCUAUAAAGCAAGGAAACUUGACAGAGAUGGUUACAAGACAAUAAUGAAGAAAACUGCUACUAAGGUAAUGGAACAAGCCACUGAUGCUGAGAAAGCAAUGUCUGUUUCCGAAUUUCUUGAUUUUAAACGGAAAAACAAGAUUCGUGCAUUUGUGGACAAAUUGAUUGAAAGACACAUGACGAUGAAGCCAGCUGUGAAAUCAUGAUGAUUGUCUGGAAUGGCUGGUCAUAGUUUUUUGGUGGCUUAUCUGAUGGUUGGGGAAGCAGAAGAUUGUUCCCUUAUGGAUCUUUCCUCGGCUUCCACCUGCAUGUGAGAAUGAGGCGUCCUUUGGAUUUGCCUUGACUUCUUUAUCCAAGCUACCCAACAAGCUUUUGGUAAAUUAAAGGAUGCAGCUCAGGAUGGAACUCUAAUAGUUCUUGUGACUGUGUUCCAAUCUACACAGUUAUGUUGGGGCGACCAAAUCCUACUAUUGUUUCUUCAAAAAAAUGUCAGGUUUAAUGCAAUAUGUCCCAAAAUGUGACAGGAAAUUACAUUACAGGAUGGCAAAGGCCUCCUGUGGUGAAAAUUUGAACAUGGGUGCUAUAUGAAAUGUUAUGGAUUUAAAUCCCACCUGAUAGGCAUCAGUCUCUUCUGAGACACAAGAACAGAAUACAUUUAGGAUUGUUCAUCAUAAUUCAUCAGUUGUAUCUUUUAGGUUAGAAAGUGAAGACCCCUAAUUUUUCCAUUCAGGGAUCCUUGUAGAUGAGAAAUGACAUGUUUUCCUAAUUUUGACAUAUGUACAGCUCAGAAUUGUUUUAAUGGCUACAGGAGUACAGACAUUUGCCGUACUUAUUCCAAGGCAUUUAUGCUCUCUUGCUUUAUUAUAUUUUCUGGUUC